CAUACUUAGCACUCCCACGUCACAGACCGUAGAUGCGGUGUGAAUCGCGCUUUAAUCAUUGAAAAACAAACAUAUAAUCCCCCCAUUUUAGCGAGUUUCUAAACCCGUAUCGGUUUUUCGAGCAUGUUGGCGACGCUUAGGAACGUAGGCGCCUGCUUGAGGAAUUCUUUGGCCGCCCGGGGCCUGCAGACAUCCGCCGCGCUCCAACACGACACGCUCUUCGUGCACCGAGACUCGCCCGAGGACAAUCCGGACAUCCCGUUCGAAUUCACCCCCGAAAAUGAAAAAAGAGCCAAAGCGAUCCUGGAGAUAUACCCGGAGGGUCACAAACGAGCAGCGAUGAUACCGCUGUUGGAUUUAGCUCAGAGGCAGCACGGCUGGCUUCCGAUAUCGGCCAUGCAUCGGGUGGCGGAGAUUCUUAAUUUGCCCAAGAUGCGCGUCUACGAGGUCGCGACGUUUUAUACGAUGUUCAUGAGGAAACCGACGGGCAAGUACCAUUUGCAGGUUUGCACCACGACCCCGUGCUGGUUACGGGGCUCCGACGAAAUCUUAAACGUCAUUAAAAGAAAGCUCGGCAUCGAAGUAGGCCAGUCGACGCUGGAUAUGAAGUUCACGUUGUCGGAAGUGGAGUGCCUCGGCGCGUGCGUUAACGCCCCCAUGGUGCAAGUGAAUGAUGACUAUUACGAGGAUUUGACGGAAAAAGACACGGAAGAAAUUCUGGAAGACCUUAAGGCCGGCAGGAAGCCCAAACCGGGACCCAGAAGCGGCAGAUUCGCGGCGGAGCCCCUCGGCGAGCCAACAUCUCUCGUGGGCGAACCAACGCCAGCCGGCUUCGGGGUUAGGUCCGAUUUAUAAAUGCUGUCGAGUUAGAAGAGUCUGUUUAAUCACUAAUAUAAUUUAAAUAAAGUUUUAAAA